AUGCCGAUGUUCUAUUCAUUCUACUAUGCACAGCCCAACGAAGAACAAAGAACACAUCCCGUUUUACUAGAUUUAGAACACAUGUAUUCACAAAAAUUGCGCCUGCUCCGUCGCAACUGUUUUACCGGAGAAAUUGUGCAUAAAUGUAGCUCGUCUAGGUUUACGAUUGCGAUUCUUUGUAGGUCUAAAUUAUUCGGACCAAAGCACAAGAAGAACUGCUCUAGGAGUGGUUUACUGUUUACACCAUUGUCUAGUAGCGGAGUGCACCACAGCGGUAAAAGCUCUGCGAGAAUAGAUUUCCUCAGAGCUGCUCUUACCCGCUUUCUGAAAAACAAGAAUUGAUGUCAAAACCAGGCCGGGUGAUGUAUCUAUGUAUGAUGUUGAUGCUGGCUGCACAAGAUGAAGAAGCACAAGAAGAAACUGACGCUACUUUGAGUAGUAGUGCCUCUCUGGUUCUUGUAAAAGUUGCGCAAAGACUUUCAUCUCUGGCUGGAGCAAAAAAAGAAAGGCGGUGGCUCGUAGCAUGGGCAAAAUAGUUUUUUCAAUGGAUGAAAAAACUCUAAGCCCCGACCACUCCACACCACCGCCUUCUUAGACAUUUGCCCCCCCUUGAAUAUUAGCUACUGUAAGAUUUUGGAAAGAAAAAACCGCAAGCAAAAAUCAUAUGAAGUUGUGGUCGUCUAGUAC